UUAGCCAUACCUCAGUUGUAGCAAUUUUGUGGAAAAGAAAUGUCAUGUUUUGUUUGCAAUACUGAACAAACGUCAUUUGUACUGUAACCGCCGGCUGUGGCGCUCUAGUUUUAUUCGCGAUAAAAACCGAUUAUUAUGGACGGAAUUCUGUCCGAAACGCAAAAGCUGCUAAGCAGUUACCUCGAAGAUCGUGGCCAUUCGGUAGCCAUAAAGAUGCUCGACAAAAAUUUAUUCCAAAUGGGCGACCUACUCGUAAAGAGCAAAACCGACAGUGAGUUGCUAGUGGACGUACAGGCUCUGAUAACUGCUAGCAAAUGUUGGCCACUACCGAUUGCUGCCAUCACGAUUAUGGAGAAUAGUGCACACAUUUGGUUUGAUCGUGCCAGCGCAUUUCGAACGGCCUUCACACUCAAGGAAUGGGAUUUUAAUCGACGUACAGCAACAAACGGGGAAAAAAUUUACGUCGAAGAACCAACCGCCAAAGAAUGUGACACGAUUUCGAUGGCAGAAUUCCGUGCGAACAUCUUGAGAAAGACGAUCAAGAAUUGUUUCCUGUACGGUGGCUAUACAAUCAUUGAAAAUACUGACCUGCAUGACGAUGAUAUUCCCUCCGACGUUAUGCAUGUGAAAGUUGUUCAUCAAACGAACAAAUCAACACCUAAACCACACGUGGAAGUUUUGUGUGGAGCUGUGCUUACCGGACAUGAGAUACAGAAUGCGGCACAGUACAUUCAGCUGCGAGCAAAUGAUAUGCACAUGACGGCACUACAUCGCUACGGUUUGCGUAUGCCCAAUACGAUCAAGCUACAGGAGCUUGUUUCAAGCUUGGGACGUUCGGCGGCCAUCGUGGAUAUGUUACAGACUAAGCAUGCCAACGUGAUUGAUAUGCGCACUCAGCAGGAAAUAAUGCGCAACCAUUGCACAUCGAAAGGAGCUUCCUUCAUCCUGUACAAUUAUGCUCGGUUGGCGACGAUUCUUAAGAAGCAUGCCGUGCUGGUACAACAGGGUCAGCUACCGGACGUACCGCCUGUGCACGAGGUCGACUUUUCGCUGCUUGUCGAACCGGAAGAAUGGCAGUUGCUGUACGCGUACCUGAUGCGCUUUCCGAACAUAAUCCGGCUAACGAUCGGGUAUGGCAAGUCGCCACAAAUCGCCCCCUAUCAUAUGUUAAGCUUUACGCUAUGCCUAAUCAAGUGCCUGAGCAAGUACUAUCGUAGAGUUAGAAUUUUGACCGAAAACAGACCAAGACUGCAACCGGUCAUGUUUGCCAGGUUGUGUCUAAUUAGGGCGGUAUUCGAUAUGCUGAAGGUGAUACUGAAUAUAUUCGAUUUGGAACCGAUCGAAGAAAUGUAGGAGUUGGAAAGGAACGUUCCUAUGUAUUGCUUCUUGAAAAGGAGCAUCUGUUAAACCUGUUGAAUGUUGCAGGAGGAUGUUAAUGUAUCGUACUCUUACUGAAACAAUGUUACAUAUUAUUUUACAAUAAAAUUGACCGAAUUUACAAACAUAAGAAAAG